AUGUCGCUCUUCGGAGGCGGCCAAUCGGCCUUUGGCCACACCGCGACUCAACCUGCUGCCUCGACCGCCCAACCUACCGCUGGCGGCCUUUUCGGAGCCUCGACCGCCUCUAAGCCGAGCAUGUUCGGGGCCUCGACCGCCACCACUGCCCAGCCUUCCACCACCCCGUUCGGCGGCCUGGGUCAGAGCACCCAGUCCUCCGCCUUUGGGGCGACCAACACCACCGCGAAGCCUUCUCUGUUUGGCGGCGCCUUGGGCUCCACUACCACCGCACAGAACCAGGGCCAGGCCCAGAUCCCCAGCCUAGGAACCGCUCCCUCCAGCCUCGGCCUUUCCACGCUCGGCGCCAGCACCCAGCAACAGGGCCAGCAGCAGCAGCAGGGUGGCCAGCAACCCGCCGGCGCCUACUUCGAUACACUUUUCGCCAUGACGAAGAAGCGUACCGACGGAACCACCGAGGACAUGCCUCACCUACAGCUUGGCCUCGGUGACCUUCGCCAGCGCCUCAAGAAGAUUGGUGGCAAGACGCCCGAAAAGGCCGUCGACGGCAGGGCCCAUUAUGUCCUCGCUGCCUCUGGCAUCGACCUGGGGGCCGCCGCGAAGGACUUGGGUUCUCUCGCCGUUAACCCGAGCAAGGUUGAUCGCCACGCUAGUGAUAUGGGCGGUCCCUCCGAAGUCGACGUAGAGACCUACCUCGAGAACCUCCAGAAGAAGACCACCCUCGGCAUGAUACAAGACGGCCUCGAGAGAUCCGCUAGGGAUUUCGACAACUUCCUCGAGGAUAACAUGGCGACUGAGUGGGAGGCACAACGUAAGCGCAUCUACCAGCACUUCGGUAUCAUGCAGCGCGACACCGGGGCGGAUUCUGCCACUCCAGGCAGGGAGGCUCAAGCGGGCUUUGGCCGCUCCCGCCGCAAAUCCCAGCACGCCGGUGCUGGUGCUGGCACGGGCGCCGCCUCCCGCGCCGGUAGGAGCACCAUUCUCGGAAACAGCAACCUCCAACGCUCCGUCAUCGGAACCCCGCGCGCAUUGCCCGAGUUUUCCGACGUCGAACGUCCCAGCGAGCCCUCCCGCCAGCUCGGCGGCGUCCAGUCUUCCGACGACCGUGCGAUGCGUGAGAAGCAGAGCAAACUCGCCGACAAGAUCACCACCCUCAACAAGAUGCGCACUUUGCAGCGACCCUUCCCCAUCCUGUCCGAGUUGGCCGAAAUUGAACAAAAGUCGCCCGAACCCCACGCUUCCUACGUCACCCAGGCCUACAGGGCAGUCAUGGAGAUUGUGGGCGAGAAUCCCGAGGCCGAGACAUCCCUGAACAAUGCCACGGCUAAAGAGCGGCAAUAUGUUUCGCAGUACCUGGACGAUAACAAGAACUCGUCCGAAGCCUUGAAUAUGCGCAAGAGAAUUCUUGUGGGCGGCAACCGAUUCCUCGAGCACCUGUUCGUCGCCGAGAUGGAGUCUCUGAUCGCUAAGCAUCCUCACGAGGCCAACCUCGGCGGCCGCCCCGAUAUCGUUAGCAAGGUCAAGGCCUACAUCCGCCUACGAUCCGCCCGCAAGGACCUCGUCCCCGAUAACUCGGAGCUUCAGCAAGUCCAGGGCGAGUACGUGUGGGCUAUCGUAUUUUAUCUCCUCCGCUCCGGCCACGUAAUGGACGCGGCUCGGUACGUCAACGACAACCUCAACAACUUCCGCGGCAUCGACCGCACUUUCUCCACCUACCUCAACGCCUACGCAUCGAGCGAAGAGAGGCGGCUCAAGAGGCUCCUCCAAGAGCGCUGCGCGCGAGUACACGCAAAGAUCUCGCAACGCACCCGAGAACUCGAUUGA